UCCAAUUUAGAUUGAGAGUUGCUUUUCGUGUUUGAAGACAAAUGUCUUUUUGUUUUAGAAGGCUAGUCCGUGUUACUGGAUUUUGCUAGUUUUCACCGAUUUUAGACAUACACAAAUGAUGCUAGGCUGUUUUUAUGGAUUAUUAAAUAGGACAUCUAACAUGGAGGAAACACAGGUUCUUCAUCCUAAAUCUGUGGUUAUAAAAGACUAAGUGCACAUUUACAUUAAAAAGAUCAUAAUGAAGCACUUCUUAAGAAUGCUGGCUCAGCUUUUCUUUUACUUCUAUUGCAAAUGCUUAUGGAGUGGAUUGAAGUUUGCCAUGAGGAAACUCACAGGGCGAUGUGAGCUACAGAGAAUCUGUUAUAGCACAAAACCUGGAGCUCGAAGGACCAAAAAAAUAGAAAUGUCUCUGAAGCAUUCAAAGAAUAAGCUGUUGCAGAUUGCAGUAACUGUCCACCCUGAUGCUGUCGAGAAGACCAUAGAUGACAUAAUUGUUCUGAAAAAGAUUGACCCAGACACCAACCCUCAAUUGGGAAUAUCUCUACAGGCCUGCCUCAUGCAGAUUGUGGGGUACCGAAAUCUCAUCGUUGAAGUUGAACAGCUUCGUAGAGAACAAUAUAGUUGUGAAAACUCAGACCAUGAAACAAUGCUUCUUCAGCUUUGGAAGCUGUUGAAGCCCAAUGUUCCAUUGGAGUCUCGUAUUUCUAAACAAUGGAAUGAAAUUGGUUUCCAAGGUGAUGACCCCAAGACUGACUUUAGGGGGAUGGGCCUUCUUGGAUUAUAUUGUUUAACCUAUUUUGCAGAACAUGACAGUGUUACCGCACAGCAGAUGCUCCUAGAUUCUCUUCAGCCAAAGUACAGGGAAAUCACCAAAGAAGAGUUAAGUAAAAUGGACAGCCUUGAAUGGGAAAAGAAAAAAUAUGACAAAGCAAUAGGAUACUCCUUUGCCAUUGUUGGCAUUAAUAUAACCGAUCUUGCGUACACACUGCUUGUAAAUGGAGCACUGAAGACCCACUUCUACAAUGUUGCACCUGAGGCCCCCAAACUGGUGCAUUUUCAACAGCUGUUCUGCUACUUGAUGCAAGAGUUCCACAAAUUCUGGAUUGAAGAAGACCCUUUUGAUAUAAUGGAGUUCAAUCGUGUGCGGGAAAAAUUUCACAAAAGGAUCUUGAAGAAGCUUCAGAAUCCUGAUAUGGCGCUCUGCCCUCAUUUUGCUGCAUCAGACAACAUUCUUGACCUGUAGUCUCUUAGUACCUCAGUUUACUACCAUCACUUGCAUUUCUGCCUCACAUUUGCUUAUAGAACACAUGCUAAUUAUAAGCGAGAUUAUAGCGUCGAUCACCACCAGCAUUCUGAACGACUGGAGAUUGUAUGCAUGCUUUGUGUGAGGCAUUUCUCCUUACGUGCUUCAGGCACACAUAAUCAUUUUUUUAUAUUCUCACUCCUUCCAUCAUCUGUGAAGGUGCUCAUUCACAUGGUUGCUCAUAUUGUGGCGUUAUGCAGUGUUGCAUUCUAAAAUAAUUUAAGAAAAUGUGUGUAUAUUUUUGAAAGUGUUUUCAUAUUUCAGAACUGAAAAACUGGCUUUUUCAUGCCUUGUGUUGUACAUAGAGCCUGACAGACUGUGUCUGGUUUUAUAGUGACACUGUCUGCAUUUUUAAUUUUGAACAGCAGUACAUCUCUAAGAAGAAAACUGCAUUUAACUUGUAAAUUACCUGCCCUGGAAAAACUGUAUUGUUAGAAUGAUUUAAAUGUUUUUAUGUCUGUAUUAGUAAUGGUUGUUUCGUGAAUUUGGCAAGUGCUUCUGAAUUGUAUGUUUAUGUUUAGUGCAUUUUUAGAUAUUUUAAACUAGAUCCUGUUUUGUCAGUGUGGCUUUGUGCUACAGUACACAUUGUUUAUUGUUGUACUCAACCUGUGGGGUUAGUCAUCGAGACUUGCAGUCUUACACACAAGAAUACAACAAAACAAUCUUAAAAUGUUCAGUUGACAGCAGGAAGUACAAACUUACAGAGCAAUAAUUACUUCUAGAAGUAAUUGCUCUGAAUUGUUUCUGAAUGUUUAAUUACUUCUAAACAAUUUUACAGAUUUAUUAUACACGCAAAUCACCAUAUAUUCUGGAAAUAAAUCAUACAGAUAAUGAUUUGCCACCAAAAUGCAGGUCAAAAAUGUUUGUUUAAUUUGAAAACUCACAAAACAGUAACAUGUCAACCUCCAUUUGAAAAGAGCUACUUCACUAAGCAUGAAUCAGCUUGAUGAAUGUAGUACUCAUUGUACAGUCUAUUAGCAAUAUUUUUUUUAACUUAAAAUGGAUGUGCACUUUUUAGUUGCUGUGCACAACCAAACUAAUUAUAUUUUCUUGUUCCAGUCACCACUGUUUUAAAAGUAAAAGUCAACUAGCCUAUCCUCAGAAUGUAUUACCAUAGGUAAACAGUGAAGAACUGUUUUAAAACUGCAGUAUUAAAAAAAUCUGAACAUUCACAGGGCAAUUUAACAAUGCAGUGUUUUGAUAAAAGUGCACUUUCACUGUUAAAUCACUAUAUGAAUCCAUCUUUAAUUUUGCUUAUUAAUGAGUUAUGUGUAUUAAGCUCUUUUGUGAUUGUUUUUCCUGGACAUUUGUCCACACCUAUCAGUAGUUCAGUUUGUAAAAUCACAGAUCAUUGCCAUGAGAAUAAUUAUGUUCUCAUAAAUGGGAAUCCUAAUAUCACUUUUAAAUAUGUAGCCAUAGUUAUAAGUAAUGUCAACCACACAGAAACAUUGUUUAAAUCAGCUAAAUGCUAGAAUUAAAAAAAUGUGAAAGAAAACUAUAAAUUAAA